UCACCUAAUCACCCUAUCACAUCCUCGUAUCGACAAAACAACCGUCACCCCCGACAACACAUUCGCAAAUCAUUUCAAAAUUGUCAUAUUUUUGUUGGCAAUGGUUAGUGGCAAAGAAUUUCGUUCUUCUUUACGCAAACCACUACCCGGAGCCCCCCGACACAAAACCUGUCGCAUCGUUCCGGCCUUCACGAUCCAAGCUCUACAAAAAGGUACAUGUGUUGUCCCUCCGCCCCGUUGCAAUGCGCUCAAGGAGCAGCCCCCCAGACCGACCAACUUCCGAACGAACUACAAACGCGGGGAUUUCCCCAUCGCAUUGGAAGCCAACGGCAAACGAAUAUCGUGGAAAGCCGACAUAAACAAACUGGACUACCACCACUACCUGCCCAUGUUUUUCGAGGGGCUGUGCGAGACGGAAAACCCCUAUAAAGCCUUCGCCCAACAGGGGAUUCACGAUAUGUUGACGUAUGGCGGACCGAAGAUUUUUCCAUGUAUUCCACAAUUAAUUAUUCCGAUUAAAAAUGCUCUCAAUACGAAAAAUAAGCAAGUCAUGUGCUCCACCUUAAGAGUCUUGCAACACUUGGUCAAGUCGGGCGAUAUGGUUGGGGAGGCUCUGGUCCCCUAUUACCGCCAGAUUUUACCCGUAUUGAAUUUAUUUAAGGAGAAAAAUGUAAAUUGUGGCGACGGCAUUGAUUAUAGCCAAAUGAGAGGGGAGAACUUAGCCGAUAUUAUUAACGAUACUUUGGAAACGCUUGAAAGAUAUGGGGGAGAAGAUGCGUUCAUUAACAUCAAAUAUCUCAUCCCGACAUACGAGUCGUGUAUGAUGAACUGAGCCUGGUUGACAAACUUAGUAAAUAAAAAAGAUUCUGCCAGC